AUGAAUAGUGAUAACAUUGACAAUAAUCAUCAUGAUAAUAAUAAUGAUAAUUUAAGUAAUAAAUGUCCAAGUUGUGGACAUAUUGUUGAUUGGAAUUUAUGUAAAACUAAACAACGUGAAUGGAUAAGUGGUGUGCAUGCGUUGAGUUGUUCAAAAACCGAUUGUGUCUAUUGUCCAGUUGAUAAUUGCACCUAUUUAUGUUCAGGUAGAGCUGAUUUAUCUGCUCACUUAACAAGUAUUCAUUUUCCGGAAAUUCAACAUCAGCUUGUGCGGUUAAUUUUUGCUUGUCCACUUAAAGAUUGUCAAAUUAUUUGUUCUGAUGAAGCAUCAUUUCAAGCUCAUUUCACUGGGCAUCUCCAUGGCCAUCUUCCAGGUGAUUUAACUGAACUAUUCAAUCCAUCCUCUUUAACAACAACUAUCGGAACAAAAAUAUUAUCACCCACAGCUAUGACAACAGUUACAUCAACACCAGUGGUUGUAACAUCUACACCUAUUGUGCAGUCAUUAAUAGACAAUUGUGUUGACACAUCAUCGCAUUCAUUAUCAUCAAAUCUUUCGUAUGGACAAACAACUCACUGUUUAACAGAUUACACUACUACUACAUUGUCCCAGUCUUCAGCAUGUGACAAUUAUCAUGUAUCACUAAUUAAUAUUCAACCCAAUUUAGUAGUUGGAGGGAAUAACCUUUCAGGCACUUAUGAAAAAUCACCCGAUUCAGAUAAUAUUCAUUCAGAGGCAACACUAGUUACAGCUGUGGCGGCAACACCCACGGCAGUAGAUCUAAUUCCUUCUAAUCAUACCUCAUCGUUUGAUAACUCCACUGAAUCUAUGUUACUAAACCAUCAACAAUCUGCGUCCAUUGUCUCUGUGCCCUCAGAUUUAAACGGUUUCAGUCAUUAUUGUCCCCACCAACAUCAUCAGCAAAGACAGCAGCAACCACAACAGCAUUUCUCUGUGUUCCCAAGUUCUCCACUAUUCCCCAGUCAUGAAGGUUCAAUAACUACAUUAUCGGAAGCUCUUAAAUCUGAUACUGACGAUAAUGUGAAUGAUGUUUCAAAUAAUUUUACCAAUGUUGGGACUACUGAAACAGAUCAUGUGGAUUUGACAGAUAAUCGGAAUUUAUUGUCAGCCCUUGACUUAAUACCUGAUGAUAUAUUGAUUGAAUUACUUAAAGAAGAUAGAGCAAGUUUAUGGGGUGAUCCUGUUACGAGUAAUAAUAAUAAUAGAAGUAGUCGCGCAACCAAUUCAGUUUUAUCAGCUCCUUAUGAAUGUAACACAGAGUCGCCUUGUUCAUUUGUUGAUAAUACUAAUAAUAAUAUUAACGAUAAUUACAUACCAAUAAAAUGUGUGGAGAACAAUGAAGAUUAUAAUGUUAAUUAUAAUCCAUGUGAUACAUCCAGUAUACAUGAUUCCAUUGAUGAUUGGAUUGAUUUCAAUGUAACUGAUUCUGUUUCACGAUUAAAUUCAUUAGAAAAUCUUCAUAAAAGAAAUGUAAGUAGUUCGAAUCUAUCAGAUGAUUCUAAUAGUGGUGGAAGUAGUAGUAAUAGUAGUUGGAUUCCAUUAAAUCUCAUUCAUCAUACAUGGUCAUCUGCAAUUGCUAAUGAAAAACUAUCCAAUUCUAAUUACAAUUAUAAUAAUAUUAAUUUAAUGAAUGAUUUUAAUCAACGUCAUUUCAAUUGCCCACAUCGUGUUAUCUCAGAUUUGACUGCUGCAUUAAUCCUACCAGAUGUUGAACGUCGUUUAAAAGCGUCGAUUUCUGCAACACAUACUACUACUUCUACUAAUCAUAAGAAUAAACGUAAUAAAUCAAAUUUGCCAUCAUCAUCAACAAUUUGUUCAUCGAUUCUUAGUUCACAAGCAUCAUCUCAAACUACUUUCUCAGCAAUUACAACAGGUACUACAAAAGCACAUCAAUCAUGUUGUUCCGGUAAACGUAGACGUAAUGCUUCUGAAUCACCUCCACUAUCCACUUAUAAUACAACAUCGUUUAAUAACAAUAAUGUCAUAAAAUCGUCAUUAUCAUCAUCUGAUUGCUGGAAACAAAGUAUGAACAAUAUUCAAGUUAUUUCAUCUAAUUUAAUGAAGCGUCCAUAUCAUUCAAAAACUUUAAUAUCAGUUGGUAAUCAUAAUGAUAGUAAUAAUAAUACGUCACAUUGUCUAAAAACAACAGCAGCAGUUCAAUUGGACUCGGAAACCUUGAAUUCAAAAGUCAGUAAUAAUAAUAACAAUGACAAGAAUCAUAAUUGUUCAACAAUUGAACAACAACAACAAACUAUUGAACAAACUGUUGGCGGACAUUAUGAACAGAAUGCUAAUCAUAACGUGGUCAAGAUUAAUUUAACUGAAGAACAGGAACAAGAACGAGAACAACAAUUAUUUGUAAAUUCUACCAAUACUACCACUAAUAAUAAUAAUAAUAAUUCAACUAAUUUAUUUCCUACUAAAUUACGUAUGCAACAUGAAUCAAGAAAACGUUUAAAAAAGCAUCAAAAAUCAUCUACACUAACUUGUCGAACUUUGUUCACACCUCCUUCUUAUUCCAUUGAUAAAUAUAUCAUACCUAGACCGGUUCUGCCUAGGCGUCAUUCAAUGUUGGCUUCAUCAUAUAAUCUCGUAGUUUCUGAUUAUGGUUUUACGCAUUUACCUCAUUGACAAUAAUGAUAAUUUCAUGUAUUUAUGUAAGCAUGUGUAUGUUUGUUUGUUUUAUUAUCUACUGCCUACACUACUACUUGAUACCUCCUCUCAAAGUCAUAUCUCUCUUCGUUAACAUUAUUUUCAGUUUUUGUCUGUUUUGGGUUGUGUUUUUUUCCUUUGCAACUUUAUUUUCAUUUAGUAUAUGAUUUCACGUCGUUAUGUUUCUCUACUGAUUAUUUGUAUCGUAAUGAUUCUCAUAUUAAUCUCCAUACAUAUAUUUAAACUAAGUGGAACUUGACCACCUCCCCUCUGUGUGUGUGUGCACGUAAAGAGAGGAUUCUUAUCAUGAUUUAUUGACUACCUUUUCAUUUGUUUUUUUUUCUGUGUUAAUUGUUUGUUGUGGUUGUCAUUUAUAUCAUUCAUUUUCUGAAGGACGAUUCAUGUAAUGUUUAGUUUGUUAUACAUACAUAAGUAUAUCAUUUGUCAUCUCUUCUCAAUAUUUGUACUUAUUACAUUUCCCUACCUGUAAGUAGUUCAAGUAAUCUGUUUUCAUCUAUCAAGUCUUAUGAAAUUCAAUUACCCCCACCACUAAAUAAAUGAUACUAAUGCAACAACCAUUGAUUGAUUCUAUUUAUUUGUUCAGGUUACAUUUUCUUUCAUCAUCAAUUCUAGGCAUAUUUCUUUCUUUACCAUUUACUUCUAGUAUUCCAUUUCUUUUCUAGAUUUUUUUAAUGCGCCAUAUCCAACAUAAUUCUCCCUACAUUUUGUACAUUCUCUUAUCUCUCUCUCUCUCUUGGUCUUCCUCUCAAACAUAAAUUCAGUAAUCCACAUUGUAUUAAUCCUGUUUAUUAUCAGUCGUUGUUGUUGUUGUUGUUGUUGUUUUUAUUCAUCUUGAUUACUUCUCCAUAAAUACAAAACAUAAGAUCUCGUAGUUGUUGUUUCAUUUCACUUCUUUAUUUUGUUUUCCUCAACUAUACACAAAAUAUAUAUGUGUAGUUUUUUUUUGUCUUAUCCUCUCUCUUAUUACUUAUAUAAUCAAUAUGAUAAUGUCAUUAGUAUUUUGAUUAUGAACUAAACAUUAACUACUUUUCAACUAAUUCUCUAUUCUACAUACAAUUCUUUAUUAUCAUUUGUUUGUUUUUAUUUCAUACUUAAAACAAACAAAUAAUAAACUACCUUGGUUUGUUGCAUUUUCAUUAUUUGACUAAUAAAUUAUUAAAUAAUACUUUCUAUAUAGACUAUUCUAUUGAUGAAUAAAAGAUCUUGAUAGUAUUAUUUAUUUAUUUAAUUUUUAUACUUUUCAAUGUUGAAUUUCUUUCAACUAUAUACAUAUAUAAUUCUUGUGAUAUGUGCAAAUUUUUAUGUUUUAUGUUUCUGUUUAAGACAAGUCACAUAUAUGAUAUGUUGAGUUCAUAUAUGAAAUAUAUUUGAAAAUGAGAUUAAAAUCUAUCCUCAUUCUAAUUGUUCUAAAAU